CCCGCCGCACGUGGCUGCCCCGCCGCACGUGGCUGCCCCGCGCCGGCCGCGCCCCGGUGGCUUUGUCCCGGACAAAGGCGGCGGCGGCGGAGGGAGGGGAGCGGAGCGGGGCCGGGCUCGCCCCCCGCCCGGUGCCCGCACGAUGCGCGGGGGCUGCUCGGCGGCGCUGGCGCUGCCCUGGCUGGCGCUGCUCGCCCUGGCCCGGCAGCCCCCCGAGAAGCCGUCGGCGGCCCCGCUGCUGACCCGGCGGCCGUUCCUGGUGGCCUGGAACGUGCCCACCCAGGACUGCAAGCCCCGCUUCCAGGUGGCCCUGGACUUCAGCAUCUUCGACCUGCAGGCGUCGCCCAACGAGGGCUUCGUGGACCAGAACCUCACCAUCUUCUACAAGGAGCGCCUGGGGCUCUACCCCUACUACACCAGCCAGCGCGUGCCCAUCAACGGCGGCGUGCCCCAGCUCAGCAGCCUGGCCGAGCACCUCGCCCGGCUCCAGGAGGGGAUCGGCAAGUACAUCCGCUCGCCCGCCAAGGAGGGGUUGGCCGUCAUCGACUGGGAGGAGUGGCGGCCCAUCUGGGUGCGCAACUGGAAGCCCAAGGACGUCUACCAGGAGGUCUCGCGGCAGCUGGUGGUGCAGCGGCAGCCCCACCGCUCCCUGGAGGAGGUGAACAAGCAGGCGGUCUUCGAGUUCGAGUCGGCGGCGCGGCAGUUCAUGGUGAGCACGCUGCGCUCGGCCAAGAGCUUCCGCCCCAAGCAGCUCUGGGGCUUCUACCUCUUCCCCGACUGCUACAACCACGACUACAGCAAGAACAAGGAGAGCUACACGGGGCAGUGCCCGGACGUGGAGAAGACGCGCAACGACCAGCUGGCGUGGCUGUGGAGGGAGAGCAUGGCGCUCUACCCCUCCAUCUACCUCGACCCCCUCCUGGCCUCCACCCCCAACAGCCGCAAGUUCGUGCGGGCGCGGGUGAUGGAGGCCAUGCGCAUCUCGCAGCAGCACCACGAUGGCUACAGCCUGCCCGUCUUCGUCUACACCCGGCCCACCUACAUCCGCAAGAUGGACGUGCUCAGCCAGCCGGACUUGAUCUCCACCAUUGGCGAGAGUGCAGCGCUGGGUGCAGCCGGGGUCAUCUUCUGGGGUGACGCAGACUACACCAAAAACCGGGAGUCGUGCCAGACCAUCAAGGACUACCUGGAGGGGGACCUGGGCCGCUACAUCGUCAACGUCACGACGGCAGCGCAGCUCUGCAGCACGGUGCUGUGCCAGGGCCAGGGCCGCUGCCUGCGCCAGGACAGCUCCGCCGAUGUCUUCCUGCACCUCAACCCCAGCAGCUUCCAGCUGCGGCGCCGGGACGCGGAGCACCCCCAGCACCCCCUCCUCUGGGCCGAGGGCCGCCUGUCCCCCGCUGACACCCGCUUCCUACGGACCAAUUUCCACUGCCACUGCUACCAGGGCUGGCAGGGCAGCAGCUGCCAGCAGCCAGCAGGACCCCGUGGGGGAGCCCCCGGCCCCCCGACGCCCAUGGGACUGGGGGUGCUGCUGCUGCUGCUGCUCCUGGGCUGGUGCUAGCCUCGCUGGACUGCGACGGGGCCCCCCAGCACCCCCUUUCUGCAGCGGUGUAGCGGACCUGAGGGACACUGGCCCUAAAUCGCCUGCUCGGCAGCUUAUUGGGGUGGGGGGGGUGGGGGUCACCCCU